ACUUUCUGGAACUAGGGUUUUAUCCUUUCUUUGUUCUUCCUGGACCACGCAAUCAAUUACUGAUUCCUUCGAUUUCCUGCUUUCUCUCCUUCAAGGAAAUGGCCUUUUCCACCGCCCAAAUCCACGUCCUUGGUGUAACUGGGUUUCCUUCAACAAGAAAACCCAACCAUAGUUCACCAAGAACAGUCUUCUUCGGUCAGAGAAUUGGUAAGAUGUCGCCGGCGUUUUUUAGGUUGUCAAAGAAUAACGCCACUAGGCGAGUGGGGCCUUUGCGGGUGGUAAACGAGAAGGUGGUUGGUAUCGAUCUGGGAACCACCAAUUCUGCUGUGGCGGCGAUGGAGGGUGGGAAGCCCACUAUUGUUACCAAUGCUGAGGGGCAGAGAACGACACCGUCCGUGGUGGCAUACACUAAGAAUGGGGACAGAUUAGUUGGGCAAAUUGCGAAACGGCAGGCGGUGGUGAAUCCUGAGAACACCUUCUUCUCGGUGAAGAGGUUCAUUGGGAGGAAGAUGUCCGAGGUGGACGAGGAGUCGAAGCAGGUUUCUUACAAGGUUGUAAGGGAUGAAAACGGGAAUGUCAAGCUUGAGUGUCCGGCCAUUGGCAAGCAGUUUGCAGCCGAGGAGAUUUCGGCUCAGGUUUUGAGAAAGCUUGUAGAUGAUGCUUCAAAGUUUCUGAAUGAUAAAGUGACCAAAGCUGUUGUGACUGUCCCUGCCUACUUCAAUGAUUCCCAAAGGACUGCCACAAAGGAUGCUGGCCGCAUUGCUGGGUUGGAAGUUCUUCGUAUUAUCAAUGAACCUACUGCUGCCUCUUUGGCGUAUGGUUUUGAAAAGAAGAACAAUGAAACGAUCCUAGUAUUUGACCUUGGUGGUGGUACAUUUGAUGUUUCAGUGCUUGAGGUUGGUGAUGGAGUGUUUGAAGUUCUCUCUACCUCUGGGGAUACGCAUUUGGGUGGUGAUGACUUUGAUAAGAGAGUUGUUGAUUGGCUUUCAGAAAAUUUUAAGAGAGAUGAAGGCAUAGAUCUCUUGAAAGACAAACAAGCUCUUCAGAGAUUAACUGAGACAGCUGAGAAAGCUAAAAUGGAGUUGUCCUCUUUGACCCAGGCAAACAUCAGUUUGCCUUUCAUUACUGCCACUGCAGAUGGUCCUAAACACAUUGAAACAACCCUUACAAGAGUCAAGUUUGAGGAAUUAUGUUCAGACUUGCUUGAUAGGCUCAAGAAACCAGUGGAAAAUUCAUUGAGGGAUGCAAAACUUUCUUUCAAAGAUAUAGAUGAGGUGAUUCUUGUUGGGGGAUCAACACGUAUCCCUGCUGUUCAGGAGCUUGUAAAGAAGAUGACUGGCAAGGAGCCCAAUGUCACUGUCAAUCCAGAUGAAGUUGUUGCUCUUGGAGCUGCAGUUCAGGUUUGGUUUUGCUCUUUGGAUAUGUACAUGUGAAUGAAAGAUGUUGUGUAGAUGACUGCAAACUUAGUUUCAACUAGCAUAAUGUUGAUAGU